UUUUUCUGUGUUAUUCACACCCUCAUUCUAGGUGGCGCCUCCACGAUCACUAAUCCUGCAUGUGCUUCUCUGCGCCCCUCUUGCACGGGUGGCGCUCUUGCAUUGUUUUGAAGGCGGCUCUGCUCCUGCGCAGCCCCUUUGACAAUCUGCAGGGUCUGCGCAGACUCUGAGUCCAGAGAUGCGUCUCCUCUGUUGUCAGAUCCGGCUGCGGUCACGCAGGUUGCCGAGCUUGGACAGGGUGUGCGCGCAGACCAGUGUCGUUAAACGUGGGACCUGCGCAGACUCUCAAAAGGCUGCGCGCCAUGAACGCGCCCAGCGGCUUUGGAAUUGAGCAUGCGCAUUAGAAAGCAGAGCCGGUGGAAACUGGCGCCAUUUCGGAUCGGCGCGGUGUCAGCAUUGCAUAGAACACAGCGCGCAAAGAGCCAACAUGGAGAACUCUGCCAUCCAGCUUCAUAACCGCGUCGAGCCGCCCUCGCUUCCACAGGGAGGCCAGCCAAGGAUACGCGCCGAAUCAUCCAGGCACGCCUUCUGCUGGGACGCUUUCAUUACAGCUCCGGACAGAGAGAGGGCUGCUUUGUGUACCUGGAGAGAGGUGGCUGCAGGCGCUGCUGAUUUGCCGAGACCAGUCUGCCACUAAAACCAGUGAAGAUGGACGUCAGUGUCUCCGUGUCGUUCUUUCAAGAGCAGCUCGCCUCUCCCGUCGAGCGCGCAGUGAAAGCGGCUGUAGACUCCGUCCUGCGGGAAAUUACUGAAGUUGUCGGCAGCAGAUUCACUGAGUUCCGAGUGGAAAUGACUGCAAUGAAGAGAGAGAAUGAAAGUCUGAAGCUGAGACUGGAAAUAUCAGAGAGCGAGCUGAGAGCCGUGCGAGGGUGUAUAAACGCUGCAGAUACAGACAUUAAACAGCCUUUCAUAUUUCAGGAUCCCAGAGAGAGUCAUGCUAUCCCUGAAUCUGAUGCACAGGAGGAGCCAAAGAUAGAAGCAGUUUCCACACAAGAGGAGUCCUUUGAGCAGGAGUGCUGUGCAAGUCUACUGCAGGUUACAGAGCUGCCGUUUGUUAAAGAUGAAGAGGUCCCUCAACAAGAAUGUGUUCGUAUCAAAGAGGAGUUCAUAGAGCAGGAAUGUGUCUCCAUCGCAGAGGAACUUCCUGCUGAAAAUAAUGCCUGUACACUUGAGGAGAACAACAAGCUGGGAUCCAGCCUGUGUGAUGAUUCUCCAUCUGAAUGUGAACUGGGAUUUAGAGCUUCUAUAGUAGCUGAAGGAGAAUAUGACUCCACUCCAUCUCCCCAGUGCAAAAACACUUCUAGUGGCAAGCUACAGAGCAAGAACAGCAGAGAAACAACAGCCCAAGAAGAGUAUGUGAAGACAUUGAGAACUCACUCAGCUAAAAUUCCUUCUUUACAAGACAGACCCCCUCUUACUGUGGAGAGUACAGAGACGCUACAUUCUGCAUGUUUGAACAGUUUUGAAACCCAGGGCAACUUGAAGACCUUGCCUCAUUCUAUUAAAGGUGGGAAGAGUUCCUGUCAAUUAGGCGUUCCUGAAACUCACAUGGGAAAUCCCUCUGGAGGGACUACAUUUUCCUGGGCUGAUUGUGGGAAGAGUUUCAAUCAUAUAUCACUGCUUAAAAGACACCAGCGCAUUCACACAGAAGUGAAACCUUCCCACAUACAGUACAGUGAUAAGAGUUUCACACCAGUGUUUCAUUCACACCAGCGCAUUCACACAGGAGAGAAACCUUAUCACUGUGCUGUGUGUGGGAAGACAUUCAGAAACAUAGAAAGCCUUAAAAAACACAAGGUCAUUCACACAGGAGAGAAACCUCAUCACUGUGCUGUUUGUGGGAAGAGGUUUAGCCAGUUAAGAGACCUUAAAAGACACCAUCAAGUCCACACAGGCGAGAAACCUUAUCACUGUGCGGUUUGUGGGAAGAGAUUCAGUCAUGGCUUCUGUGGAAACUUCCUCAAUACCACGGUGAAUCUGCGCUACCUCAAGACACAGCACAGUGUACCACAGUUAUCAUGA